AUGGACGAAACUUCAUGGUCGCCAGGUUGUGUGGUGGGACUGUUCCAGAAUAACAAUACGGCCAGGCAAAAUGUCAAAACUUAUGUGUCCGUGGGGUAUAAAUACGACUCGAUAGGAACUGUCAACAGGAACCAAGAAACGGAAAUUUGUAAAUGUCAAGGACCGACGGUGACGCCAUGUGAACCCCGUCUGCCGUCUAAAACCCAGUGUCGAGCACCUCAGAAGAAUCCAAAAAUACCACCAAGUCCCUACAGCGCUGUCCCUCUAUUUAAAGAGAAGUUUGCAGAGUUAAUUAUCGACUUCUGUUUGGUCAAACAAAAAGAUGACGGAAGUGUCGUGAAAUGGACGUUCAACGUUGAUUUAAAGAAUGGCAGAAGCUCCAUUGCCACUUCGGACUACGUGUUCACCGGUGUUUCCGUGUUCGUGUUUCUGACACCCUCGUUAGUGGUCGAAGCUCAAAGAACAGUCACCAGAACGCAAACCGUUACUGUUUUUUCGAGCGAAAUUGUCACGAGAAAUUUCGCCUGUGCUAAACUGGUCAACGUCACCGGGCCAUGUCGUCGAGGUCGUGGCGGUCUCCUCAUAGACGUGCCCGUUAUUCUAACGUUUGACGAAGAAUUGGAAGAUUCUUUGGAUGACACUUUCAAUCGAAUAGUACACCAACAAUUCGUUCCGUCCAGAACGCUAGGUGUGGAGGUUACGCCUCUGGCAAUCGUCCCAGUGGGAAGUUUACAACACGCAGCCAAUUUCAAAUAUUUCUCUCGUAAUCAAUUGAAUUCUCCUUCGCCGACGAACCACGUCGUUCAGUCGUCACAGGAGCCCAGUGCCAGAAAUCCUGGGCGUAACAAAGUGGGCGCAGAGGGAAGCGACCCGAAGCCACGGAUCUAUUUCUCGCAAAUCAACUCUGUUCUUAACCAGAUUGUCAACAAUUUCAGACCAGCCGUGACCGUCAGAGUCACAAAUUUCGUUACACGAACAACGCGUGUUACGGCAGGUAGCGUUUCAGGUAGCUUCUUCAUCAUGGGAUGCACUCCGAAUCCUUUCACCUUUGCCACCUGCGCAACUGCUCCUCGAUCCAUCUCUACUUGAUGUGAUGAUUUCAACAUUACAAAGGACAAUUGUUUCAUUAUUUAUUAAAAUUUUUUACUUGGAUAUGUUAACUUUGCAUUUUACUUUUACCAAAAACUCGUAUAGGGGAUGGUCAUUGAGUGCUAGAAAAUAAACCGUUGCAGGGCUCA